AUGGUUUGCGGUUGGUACGGUGUAGGCAAGCACACACCCGACAUUUCCAACGAAGACAUCACUCCUAUGUUGAAGGCAAAUCUCGCGACACGCCUACUCUACGUUGUAGCGAUAUGCCUCGUCAAGUUCAGCAUCCUCGUUUUCUACCACAGACUGGACCCUCGACGACCCACGAGAUGGAUCGUAUACUUCCUAAUGGCAUGGGUGGCUGCACUCUCGAUCGUAACGUUCUUUGUGUUGCUGUUUGUCUGCACGCCGCCAUCGCUGUUUUGGGAUCCUGCGGGCCAGGCUCUGCAUCCAGAGAAGUGCCUGAAGCAGGACACGCAGCAAGUGUUCUUCAACAUCAACGGGAUCAUGAACAUUAUUCAAGACUUCGCCAUAUACAUCCUACCAAUGCACAUUGUCUGGAAGCUGCAGAUGCCGCGCGGUCAAAAGAUCGCUCUGUGCGCUCUUCUCGGGGUAGGACUGGUCGCAGUUGCAGCUGGCUGUGUGCGCUUCUACUACGUGCUGUUCCUCUCCGAUGAAGCCGAUAUCUGGUACUACAUGGCUGACUCGUUGAACUGGUGUAGCAUCGAGAUCUACGCAGCCAUCAUAUGCAGCUCGGCAUCGACCUUCAAAGUCCUCAUCAAAACCUACCUUCCUAGAGUCUGGAGCAGCGCCGGAAGUCACGACAAGGCUUCCGGCACGCCUCGCGCACAGUCCGAUCGAUCAUAUAGCAGCAGAUUUGAGUUGAAACGUUUUGGCACGUCGUCGAACAAGUCAAACAGCAAUAGGAAGUAUGGGAUUGAGGGGCUCACAGACCUUGGAAACGAAAGCGAGGAAGCCAUUGUGCGACCUGAAAGCAAGAUGGGCAGGGAUAUCGCGGUUUUCGUGACGCAACAUUAG